AUGUUGUACACAAUGUUAUCCAUUUUUGGCAUCCUAUUUUUCAUUCCUCACUCAUUUACUUUCCCACUUCCGGAUCCAUACACUAAAUUUUCCAAACUAAACCUUCCAGUGCCUGGACCCUUUGGUCCUGAUUCAGUUGCCCGAGAUUCAAAUAAUCAAGGUCCGUAUGUGGGUGUAAGUGAUGGUAGAAUUCUUAAAUACAAUGGAACUGAUUUCGUGGAUUUUGCUUACCUUUCUCCAAACAGGUCAAAGCAGCUAUGUGAUGGAGUGACAGACCUAAGUUUAGGCCCUAUAUGCGGAAGGCCAUUAGGGUUUAGUUUCGAUCCAUUGACUAAUUAUCUUUACGUUGUGGAAAUCUGCCAGGCGAUUAACUUCACAGUCGGACCACAAGGUGGUCAAGCCACACUACUUGCUACUAGUGCAUAUGGCGUACCAUUCAACUUUCUUAAUGGCUGUGAUUUCGACAAAAUCAGAAGAGUUGUAUACUUUACAGAUACCAGCUUGGUAUACAAUUACACGGAUGCUAUUCUAGGGAACCCUCUUCCUCCAGGAGAUUCAAGCGGAAGAUUAUUAGAAUAUAGCACCAUAACAGGACUAGUGAGGGUACUAGUAAACGGUAUUCCCCGUCCAUCAGGACCCGCAGUUAGCGCAGACAGCUCAUUUAUAGUGUAUGGCUCUUAUAGCACUCAACAAAUUUACAAGUAUUAUCUCAUUGGGCCAAAAUCAGGAACAACCGAUGUUCUAAUACCUAACCUACUAGGUUCUCCUGCCAAAACGAAGAGAGCCGCGGAAUUUGGAUAUUUUUGGGUGGCAGUAAACCAAGUGGUUCAGACGCAACCUACUCCUGUGUUUCAGCCAUAUGGUUAUAAGUUUAGUUCAAAUGGUAAUGUAAUUGUGAUCAAGAAUUUCACAUUGGAAUAUGGCAAUGGUCGGGUCAAUGUUGUGCAAGAAUAUUUUAAUCUUCUUGAAGGAGGAACCUUGUAUGUUGGCUCGCGCAGUGCAAAUUAUGUUGGAAAAUAUACAAAAUGCUGA